UUUUACCAUGGAAUUAAAAGCUUACAAAAGUUUUUGUUGUAUUAAUAAAGCUACCGAAUAUUAUACAAUGAUCAUAUGAACCAAUAUUGUAUAAGCAUGUAAUACAUGUUAUAAAAACAUACGAAUAUUUUUAAUUUAUGAAAUAUGGUGUAUUUUGUAAGGAUUAAAAUAUGGAUAUUUAAAAAUAGGUUAUGUACAUAAAAUUGAAAUCAAUAUGCUUAUCUCUUUAAUUCGGAAUACCGUUUACUAUGCCGAUAGCCUGCCCCACGAGCCGGUGCCAGCACUACCCGCCAUAAUUAUAAUAAUAAUUUGAAAUCGCCUUGUGGUUUUCGCAAUGUUUGAGAAUAUUCCGUAUGUUCAAGAAAAUGUCCCGGAGUUGCUGUUGCAGCCGUCGCGGCUGGCCUACUGCGUCAAUCUCCAUGUGGGAGGUCCUCGGGAUCAUUUCGAGCACACUUUGUUGCUGUCAAGGAAUCUAAAGUUCUACGAAUACCGACGCAAGGAUCUGGUGCACUAUAUCGAUUUGCAGAACACGCGACUGCAGAAGGUCGCCAGUCAAAUAGAGGCCUACGAUGGGCCCAUAAGUCCCUACCUUGAUACAGAGGACUCUGAAACGCUUGAGGAACCAAAGGAGAUGCGCAUAACAUUCGGUAGGUAUGUGUGGCAGCGGGAAGGCAUCUAUCUGCUGAUCCUCUGCUGGAAACAGCUCGUCGUUCUACGUAGACCUAAGGACCACGGUGCCAACUUUGAGCUGGUGGCACAGCACGAGGAUGUGCUCCAUUUCGAUAUGAUCGAGGGUCCCAUUCCCUACCAGGCCGUCGUGGAGCUGGAAUUCGGUGAUGGCACGCGACAGUGUCAUGACUUCCAAGAGACGCCGCUGGAUGAAGAACCCAGCACGUCCAAAAUUGAAUGUUUGGCCUUAGAAGAUUUUGAGGGCCUACUACAAGAGGUGAACAACGCCCAGGCGGAACUGUCCAGCCAGAAAAUGAAGACACAGAAGGACUUAGACGCUCUCCUGGACCUCCAGGUCUUCGGCACUCCCGGCCAGCGUUCUUUGCUUCUCGAGGAGAAGGUGCCGCUCCAGCGUCUUGGUGGUUUAUGGACUCGAAUCUGCGAUGAUUAUUUAGUCUGUGGCGUCCUAUUAGUUAACGCAACUGGCAGCCAUCGAAUGAGCAUUGUCAAAGAGCUUUAUCCGCUGGUUCUUUUGGAGCCACAUAAUAACUUUGGCAUGGAACACAGCCUAUACGAGCUGCCUCUGCAGCCGAAUGGCCAACCGCCCGAGGAUUACGACCAGCUGGCGCAAUUUUGGGCCUGUCAGGAUCAGCACAGUAGGGGACUGGAUUGGAGACCAGUAGGCAAGGCGCGGCAGCUUCCGCCCGAAUGUUCUGCCGUGAUGGUGGUGCGUUUGCGUGUCGUCGAUCUCCUCCAAGCCGAUGAACUUCAUCUGAUUGCUGUGUAUGAGAUUGCCGAAUCUGUGGAUAACCAAGCGUCCUCCAGGCAGUUACACCUGGCUACCUUGGAUGUCAAGAAACUGCUAGAAAAACCAGAGUUAUUGGCUCCUACUUUUUCACCAGGAACGCUGCAUCAGGAUUUUCUGACCGUGAUUAUGACGCAAACGGCACGGUGCUCUCUAAAAGUGAAGUUCCAGACGGCUGAGGAUUGUACAUCAUUCGAAGAACUGCUGGUCUCCAAGCUGCAGUUUGAGUCAAUGGAAGCCCAGGAGGAAAAAGACGAUCUUAAUUCUGAUCCCGAUCCCGAUAUGUUAGAAUAUACUUCUCCCAACACAAUAUUUCAGUCUUCUGAGUCAUCCGCCGAUCCUGUCCAGCGCAUCUUUUAUAACCGCCAGUCGAUGUCACAGUGGUGUGGUGCUCUGAUUCUUCGCGAUGAUCCUAGAAAGCAUUGGCAUGUGUAUGCCCGAACGGAAGAUCGAUUGCGCCUGCUACUUCAUCGUCUGAAGCAGGAUCUACUCGUGUUGAACUGUAAUGUUACUGAAUUGGAGGAAUAUGAGUUCAGCCACUCGCUCGACGAUUUGACCCUUGAAUUAGAAGCUAGCCUGAACGAGGAGCUGAAAGUCUGGAAGGAGCUGCAGCAGGAGGCAACUAGUCAGGAGCAGCGCCGGGAGCAAUGGACACGUCUUCACCAACACCAAUACACCAGCGAUGUGCUUGCCUGUAAGUUAAAUUUCCUAGAUACUGAAGAAUCAGAUACAAAAUAAGGAAUAAAUUCCACGUUUCCAAUUUUUAAAUUGACCGCUAACGAAUUUUUGUAAAAAAUUUGAUGCAUUUUGAGCAGUAUAUUGCGAUUUGAAAUUCUAUAAAAAAUGCAUCUUACGUAUAAUCAUCUUUUUAUAUAAACACUUAAAAUAUUGCAUUGUUGUUAAAAAUGUACAUCUAAAACUUAAAGCAUUUAUGCAUGAUUUAAAGCCGUUUUAAAAAAUCGGAAAAUUAAAGAAUCCGAUUCAUAAUCAA